GUGAUAAAGUCGCACCUGAGGGAAAGAGGGGAGGAGGGAGCCGCCGCCAUCUUGUGUGAGGGAGCGACCGGACCAGCCCGGCAGGAAGGAGGGAAGCAGCUCGUCAGCCGCCGACCGACUGACCGCCCAGCCGCGCAGGAGCCGCCAUGAACCCCGAGUAUGACUACCUAUUCAAGCUGCUUCUGAUCGGUGACUCUGGCGUGGGGAAGUCAUGCCUCUUACUACGGUUUGCUGAUGACACCUACACAGAAAGCUACAUUAGCACCAUCGGGGUGGACUUCAAAAUCCGCACCAUCGAGCUGGACGGCAAAACUAUCAAACUGCAGAUUUGGGAUACGGCUGGGCAGGAGCGGUUCCGGACCAUCACGUCCAGUUACUACCGCGGGGCACACGGCAUCAUUGUGGUGUACGACGUAACGGAUCAGGAAUCCUACAACAACGUGAAGCAGUGGCUGCAGGAAAUCGAGCGCUACGCCAGUGAGAACGUCAACAAGCUCCUGGUGGGCAACAAGUGCGACUUGACCACGAAGAAAGUGGUGGACUACACAACUGCCAAGGAGUUUGCGGACUCACUCGGGAUCCCCUUCCUGGAGACCAGCGCCAAGAACGCCACCAAUGUGGAGCAGUCGUUCAUGACCAUGGCAGCCGAGAUCAAGAAGCGCAUGGGCCCCGGAGCCCCGGCCAGCGGAGACAGACCCAACCUGAAAAUCGACAGCACUCCGGUCAAACAGGGAGGCGGCGGCUGCUGCUGAGGAGGAGGGACAUGACGGUCGUGUGUCGGGGGGGGGGGCAGGCUGGGGAGAGGCCUUUUCCCUGCUGCUGUCCAGCCCCCCCCCCCCCACAGUUUGCUUCUGAAGGUGGCUUUCCCGGAUGAUACCUCGGUGGAGGGGGACGGGUCCUUCCCCCACCCCUUCUUCCAGCUCAGCUGCUCUGAGCGCCGUUGAGCGUCUUGGCUGGUUUUUCGUCACUUAACUCGGUGGGGCUGGGGUGGGGUGGGCUCUGUACAGGUUGAAGGCUUUCCUACGAGUUGGGGGAAGGGGCGACGGCCGGCUUGCCCCCCUUGCCCCGCCCCCGCCCCACAGGCGAGGCCGGAGCAAACGGUCUCUUCUCUGGUUUCGUUGGCUGCCCUUUCUGUCUCCUCCCAUCCCUUCCUCCUCCCCCCCCCCGUGGUUUUUCUAAUGCGGGGCCGGAUUUCUGCGUGUUCCCCUUCCAGCGUCCCUUUGCUUGCUGCCCCGUGGGUCUCGCACCCUGCUGUGGGCAGGCCCGAGCUCCAGUGUGUGUGUGUAUGUGCCCCUUCCUCCCUUCCUCUGUCACAUUGACUAGUGAUUUGGCCAGUGGGCAAGUUUUAGUUGGCCGGGGAUUGGUGUCUGUCUGGUCUGUCCCCCCUCGCUCUCCGGGGAAGGCCUUGGAGCCCGCCACACUCAUUUCCCCUGCAUGUGGGUGACGGCUUCCUUCCUGCUUGCCGGGGGGGGGGGGCGCUUGGCAUCUCCUGUUGACUUGUCACUCACUUCCUGCCUUCUUUGAAGCACUAUAUAUUUCUCCUCCCCUUUCCUCGCUGUUCCUGGAACUUUCCUCUCAGGGCACCCUGUUCCGUGGCUCUUUUUUCCCCUCUCUCCUUAUCUCCCCCACCCCUAAAAUCCCCCAGCCUCUUCAAGAAGUAGACAUCAUGUUGCCCUCGUGGUGGUGGUGGUGGUGGGAGAGAACGGUUUCCCACCUUCAUGGCACGGCUUGCAGGGCGAGGGGGGCGCGCCAGCCUCAUUUCACUUGCUUUUUCCUCACCCCUGAGCUGGGGUGGGGGGCACACAGCUCCCCAGCUCCUGCCUUCCACAGCCGACGAAUGUUACCUUGGACAGCUGGGCACCCCUCUGUGCUUUGUGAGUGGCUGGUGGGCCUGGUCCGUGGCCCGUGGCCAUCUUGUUGCGUGACACACCUCUGGCCCCGUCUGUGUCUCCCCCUCCUCUCCCCACUCCCUUGCUGCUGCUGCAGGGCCGCGCCACUGAACCCCUUUCCCACACACACUCCCCUUCCCUUAUCAAUGACCAAAUUGAGGCCGAUCCGUCCCCUUGGUGCUGGGACCCUGGCUCCCGAGAAUGCUGUACUCUCUCUCUCUCUCUCUCUCUCUUUUUUUUUUUAGCACCAAGAAGCGUCGUUUCUGAACUAGCUUCACCUCCCCUUCAUGGCGCUCCCCUUCUCCCCCCCCCCUUAUUUAAAGAAUGUCAGGGACCCCGCUGGGCCAGGCAGUGGGUGGAAGGUUUGGUUGGUCCGCUUUUUUUUUUCCACAAGUGAAAUUAAAAACACAAAUGAGAGGAAAAUCUUAAAAAAAUAAAAAAUAAAAACAUAACCAGCCUCUGCAAAAUGAGGGAUUUUCAGGCCUG